UCAUCGCCGAUCAAAAACUAACAACGAACCGAACCGAAGCGCCUUUGGUUUUCGCUUCGAUCCCUUCCUCUCAUGGCUGUUGCACAAGGCGUUGCUUAAUUUCGAUUUUGGAGCUUCUUCUUCCCUUUUUUUCUUUGUUGAUGAACUCGUGGAAACAAUCUUAAUCCUCAAAAUCUUUGAUUUUUGUUAUCGGGGAUUUGAGUUUUUUUUUUUUGUGUGUGCCCUUUGCCGCGGUUUUUGAUUCAGAGGGUUUAUUUAUUGGAUUGGUGAGUUUGGUUGUCUAAUUCUGUCCGGUGCUCAACGAAGUGAAACUUGGAGGUGUUUUUCCAACACAGGUCUCCUGGAUUCUCUGUGCAUCUUAAGUCAAUUAGUUAAGAGCUGAGAAAUCAGCAUUUUUAUGUGCUACAGCUUGUCAUGCUCCACUGUGUGUUUUGUGUUUAUUAUAAACCAUAAGACUUUCUGGAGCUGAGGGAAUGUCAGCACCUGGGAAGUUUGAUUAUUCUUCUGGUGGGCUAGAUAGGCCUCUAUACAGAUCUAACUUUGCCGCACAGAUGGAAAGAUCUAGUAGCUUUCGCGAGUCCAUGGAACAUCCCGUCCCGUCUCAUCCAAACAUGUUGAGGACCACUUCACCAAUAGCACAAACCGAUGUAACAAAUUUCUUUCAGUGUUUGCGUUUUGAUCCUAAGGUGGUUGCCGCGGAUCACAAAUCUAUUCGUCAAGGUGACUUUAAGCGGCAUGUGAGUAUUGCUCUUGGAAUACAAGAAGAUGAGUCUCCUAGUGGAUCUUUGAAAGGGAAGUUAAUUCCAUCUCCUAUACCAGAAGAGAUCAAAAGAUUCAAGGCUGGUCUGCGUGAAAACAAUGUGAAGGCCAGGGAGCGCGUAAAAAUUUUCAAUGAAGCUUCCUCUGUAUUUAACAAGUUUUUCCCAAGUGUACAUACAAAGAAGAGGUCUCGACCAGAAGGAUUUUCUACUGAUCGCUUGGUAUCAGGACCAGGCCUUGGUAAAAUGGGAAUUCAGGGUCAGACCCUGGCUGGUGGUUUUGAGCCUGACCAAAAGUUGGACGAACGACCUAAAAGUGGUGUUCCAAAUAAACGAACACGUACUUCCAUGAUGGAUGUUCGAAGCAAUUCUAUUGUUCGACAGUCACCGGCUGUAGACAGAGAUAAAGAAAUAAUGAGGGUAGCAAAUAAUAAUGCAGUUCAGGGUGAAGAUCGAACUUCAAUUAGUAUUGAGGGUUGGGAAAAGUCAAGAAUGAAGAAAAAACGCUCAUCUAUUAAUGUGGACUGUCAUCCUAACUCAGCGUCAAAAGUGGUUGAUGGUUACCGAGACUUGAAGCAGGGCAUACAACAGAAAUCAACGGGCGACUCCCGGUCGAGAUUGAAUGGUGACUCAAACAUGUUAAGGCAAUCGGCUGGUAAUGGAGCUAAUGGGUAUGGAAGAUCUGAUAACCUCUCUCAGCAGACGAGCUUCGUUGGGCAUUCUCCACUGCCGAGGGUUGAUUCUGAUCAUAACUCUUUGUACAAUGAGAAGAGAGAACGCUCCAUUGGAUCAGAUAAAGAAAGGGUGAAUCUCAGGGGCGUCAACAAGUCAAACAUUCAUGAUGAGUUCAAUUCUUCAAGUCUGGUUGCAAAUACAAAAACAAAUGCUUCAGUUCGUGGGCCUAGGUCAGGAUCGGGACUACCACCAAAACUGUCUCCAGGGCUCCAUAACACUCCGUCCCCAAUUGAAUGGGAUAUCUCUGGCUGUACGAAUAAGCCUCCAACAUUGUCAGGGGUUACACAUCGCAAGCGUAUGACAUCAAAUCGGUCUUCAUCACCACCUGUCACUCAGUGGGCCAGUCAAAGACCACAAAAGAUAUCUCGGGUAGCAAGAAGGACAAAUUUAGUGCCCAUUGUUUCUAGUAAGGAUGAAGUUCCCUAUUCUGAUAAUAUAUCAGAUGCUGGUUGUAGCGAAACUGGGUUUGGAUUGCAUAAACGCUCACCAGCUGCUUCACCUCAAUUGAAACUAAAAGGUGAAAGCAGCUUCUCCCCAGCAGCCUUAUCAGAAAGUGAAGAAUCUGGCCCCCCUGAGAUCAAGUCUAAAGACAAGGGUAAACAGUCUGAUGAGGUUGAUGGGAAAGCUGCACAGAAUAUUCCUAGAGUGUCCAUCCCUGCUUUACAAUCAAGAAAAAGUAACAAGCCUGCCGCUGGUGAAGAGAAUGGGGAUGGUGUGAGAAGGCAAGGAAGGACAGGCCGUGGCUUUUCUUCAACUAGGUCUCUUAACCCAAUGGGAGUAGAUAAACUUAAGAAUGUUGGAACAGCGAAACAUCUUCGCAGUGCAAGACCUAUUUUUGACAAGAGUGAAAGCCCCACUUUCGUAAAUGGAGAAAUUUCCUCCAUGGAUCCUCCGCCCGUUUUGACAUCCUCUGACUUUGAUAGCCGUGUAUGUCCUGAGGAAUUUGCAACUAGCAGGGUGGAUUCCAAGGCUUCUCCACUUUACCAGAGACUGCUAUCAGCUUUGAUUUCUGAGGACUCGGUGGGUGGAAAUGAAGAUUUACAAGUUAAUGGAUUUGGGACCAUGCAUGAUCAUGACGAUGACUCAGAAUUCAGUGUUUUGAAUAAUAUGGAGUUCAAUGGGUUUAAGAACAAUGAAAGGCUGGAACUUGAUGAAUCAGAAGAUGAUGAGUCUGCAAUUUUGUUCAAGGGUGUUAAUAAGUCAGCCCACCACUGCAAUGGCAAAUUUCCAGAUAAUUCACCCAUUGACUUCUUAGACAUUGAAUAUGAUAAAUUGGGGAUAGAUGAAAAGAUAUAUCUGGAAGCCCGAUCCAUUGGAAUAUCCUUGGAACCAAUGCCUAGUAUCUCAAACGUGGAGGAUGAAGGGAUUGCUGACGAAAUUAAAAAGUUGGAGGAGGCUAUCUGCAAGGAGGGUUCCAAGAAGAAAAAGAUGGUGGAUAGGCUAUUAAAGCCUGCCAUAGAGAUGAAAGAACUUCAGGAAAAGGAGCUUGAUCAGAUUGGUUAUGAUAAGCUCAUCGAGAUGGCAUAUGAAAAGAGCAAGGCUAGUCGGCGUCAUCACAACGCUGGUGGGAAGAAUUCCAAUAACAGGAUUUCAAAGCAGGCUGCAUCGGCUUUUGUUAGAAGGACACUUGAACGAUGCCAUCAAUUCGAAAAGACGGGCAAAAGCUGCUUCAGUGAGCCUGAAAUUAAGGAUAUGUUCAUUGCCAGGUUGGCAACAGCCGAAGAUACUCUCAUGGAUAAGGAGUGUAAUCCGUCGACUUCAACACCCAUGGGCUCACAGCCAAGCUCUUCUUUGGCACGCAUUGGGCAGAACUCGGAGAACUAUGCCAGUUAUGUUCUACCAUCUGAAAAUGCUUUAUUAGAACAAGCGACGGGAAAAGAAGAUACAGCAUGGUCCAAUAGGGUCAAGAAGAGAGAGUUGCUGCUUGAUGAUGUUGGUACCGGGACACAACUCUCAAGUAGUAUAAAGGGGAAGAGAAGCGACAGGGACAGAGAUGGGAAAGGGCAGGCUUCGUCUAGAAGUGGAGGAACCAAUAAGAUUGGCCGGCCUUCGCUGUCCAAUGCUAAGGGUGAAAGAAAAACGAAGGCAAAACCAAAGCAGAAAACAACUCAGAUAUCUCCAUCUGUUAGGGUCCCGGAGCAACCCAAACCAUUAUUACCAAAACCGAAUGAAGCAAACAGCGAGUAUAAUAACUUGGAGGCACUGGAGGAGACAGAGCCAAUUCUAGACUUAUCUCAGUUACAAAUACCAGAUGGCUUGGGAGAUUUUGAUACGCAACCAGGUGAUAUUAGUUCAUGGUUUAACAUGGAUGACGAAGAAGAUUUCGAUAUCAUGGAGCUUGGAAUACCAAUGGAUGAUCUCUCAGGCCUGAACAUAAAGUUAUGAAGUUACCUCUCCUUCUCUCACUUUAUCUAUCUGUAUAGUCUUUUGUUGGUUUUACUAGUUGACAGCAACAAAAAAAUGCAUAAGGUAAAAGAAAAAUUUUGCUUCCUUGGGCGAAUAACCAACGCAGGAAAUUGGUUAUUUGGAUGUUAGCUCCAGAAAAUUAGGUCAUAUAGAUUCUUUUCUU